UUGCUGUCCGUGCUGAGAGGAAUGUUUGGUUUCUGGUACGGGCCGCGAUGGAAGUUCAGUGUUCUCUUUAUACACACAUGCGCGUGCUAGCAGUGCUGGGACUAAGUUAUCAAGGACACGAGAAGUGUCAUUGUCCUUAAUAACUCACCGAAGGCCAGAGAAGAACGACGGUCUGAUUGGAGAGGACAGAAGAACUUCUACCGAAACUCUGGUCCAGUGGGAACAGACCUCACCGAGGCUACCACUUUUGCAGUAAGCUAGCGCCGGUUGUGUUCCUGUUACAGCUACACGCUCCGCUUGGUGUCCUCUCCUGUUACCGGGUCCCAUGUGAUGGUGUGAGGAUGGGACAGGGUGGUGUUGGAAGUGACUGCAGCCAUGGAGGCUGAUGAACCUCCUCUGUAGGCCAGUCAGGAUGCACCUAGCUUCAGUGGGCAUCAGCAAGUUCUGCUUCCUGUUUUCCCUUGCUUUUUGCGGCCUACUGCUCCUGCUCAUUCCUGCCCUCCAGCCCCCAACGCGCCAGGUGGACCAACCCCAGCCCCGGCCGCAUAUCCAGCCGGCACGUCUCAUGGCUCCAGGGGUGUCUGCUCAUGUAGGGGAAACAGACUCUGCCACAGAGCUGAGUAGGAGCUCAGCGGGGGGGACUGAAGGUAGCAGGGAUGACGUCCACAGUCACAAGAGCGGGAUGGACUCCACAAGAGGAGCUACCACUGGAGGAAAGGGGUUGCGAUUUACCGGUCACGGUCACCGGUCACGAGACCCGUUAGACUUUAAGGAUAUUUUCAUUGCAGUGAAGACUACCAGGAAGUACCACAAGUCCAGACUGGAGCUGCUGAUCCAGACCUGGGUUUCCCAAGCUAAAGAACAGACGUACAUUUUUACUGACGGUGAGGACAGCGAGCUGCAGAGGAGAACGGGAGUCAACCUCAUCAACACAAACUGCUCGGCGGCUCACAAUCGCCAGGCUCUGUGCUGCAAGAUGUCGGUGGAGUACGAUAAAUUCAUCGAGUCUCAGAAGAAGUGGUUCUGCCACGUGGAUGAUGAUAACUAUGUGGUCCUGCCCAGUCUGCUCGGGCUGCUCUCCUCUUACCACCACAGCCAGGAUGUCUACCUGGGCCGGCCCAGUUUGGAUCAUCCAAUAGAGGCUGCAGAGAGGGUCAAGAGUGACGGAUCGGUAUCUGUCAAGUUCUGGUUUGCCACAGGUGGAGCAGGUUUCUGUAUCAGCAGAGGCCUGGCACUGAAAAUGAGCCCAUGGGCUAGUUUGGGGAAUUUCAUCAGCACUGCAGAGAAGAUUCGACUACCAGACGACUGCACCAUCGGCUACAUCAUUGAAGGGCUGCUGGAGGUGACACUAACGCACACACACCUCUUCCACUCACACCUGGAGAACCUUCAAAAGCUGCCUGCUGACACAGUGCUGGAGCAGGUCACCCUGAGCUUUGGAGGCUUUGAGAACAGAAGAAACGUGGUCAGCAUUGUUGGAGGCUUUUCACUGGCUGACGACCCCACAAGGUUUAAGACGGUGCAUUGCCUUCUCUAUCCAGACACUAACUGGUGUCCAAAGCCCGAACGCAGCCACAUGAACUGAAAGCCACGGUGAAUUUACCCUGCAGCAUGGAUACCUGCUAUCCCACUAUUCCACUGCCACAUGUGGAUCAAGCCACGUUUAGCUGGAAAGAUGGAACAGAAGACACAUGCCAUGGUGUCUAUCUGUAACCAAAGCAGCUUCAUAGCAUGCCUUAUAAAUGCAAUCUAAGUCUGAAUAGCUAGAGCCAAAGAAUACCAGAGAACGAUUGUGGCUACAGCCACACACUACUAAAGUAGAAGUUCAGGUCAAAACCAUAGGCCAGAAAUGCUUACACUUUAUUCAUGAGGAACUCUUUUGUUUCAGCAUUUUUACAGCUUGGUCUUUGCUUAAGUGGUUCAUUAGCCAAAUGGAGUCAGCUGUAAGGCUGCUGUGGCUCAUACUGAUGCUAAAGAAUUCCCUAUUUCUCGUCAUUUUGUUCAAUGAAGGAAAUAUUAUAUUCUAUGACUCCAUCUUCGUUGGUUGAACUCGAGUAAAAUAGCUCGGUUAGAGUAUGUGAUUCCCUAGACUACUAUGGAAUCUUACUAUGGAACCGAGCUAAUUUACUUGCUAAUUGCUUUCGAAUGGGAGAGGGUUGAGGUACUUUUUGAAGUCUGAUUCAUUUAUGGGUUUAAUCAGAAUUCUAUGCUGUCAAAUAUUGUCUGAAAGUUUUUAUGCUGCGUAUGCCCACUUUUUUUUCUGUCAGUUGUAAUUAUUAUUUUGUAAUGGCGCCAAAUUGAACUUAUCAUUUGUAACAGGCCCAUCUUUAUGGUUUUGCACUACUUUGAAGUAUUCUCUUCCUGUAUGUUGCCGUAGUUACAUGUUACAAUGUUGGGGUGAAUAUGAGCUUGUCAUUGCUUGUGAUCUUAGCUCAGCAUAUACUUCGAUAAGAUAGAGGUCAUUUCCUUUUGUUGGAGUUAUUGGAGCCAAAGAUGUCUGGCAGCUACUGUGUUAGCUAGAUUUAACAGCAUGGCUGUGUCACUAAACACUUGAUGUUUGCUUCUGGACGGCCCUGGCUUCUAUUCUCUUCAUGACCUAGCGGUAGCUUUAGGAAGAUGGCCACUGCUAGCCGCCUAACUGCUGCCUAAAGCAAGAAUCCCACCUUUGAAUAGGAACCCUUGUUCCUAUUCAAAGGUAGAUGUCAAACAUCUGCUUGUCCAUUAUGUCUCUCUGGUAAUGAGGCUCCUGAAGCCCAAUGUAACUGGUGGAGGACGGAUAAUACAUAGUAACAGAUGGGCUCAUGGUGGGUUAUGUAUGUAGGAUUUAUAUGUUCACCUACUUAAAAAAAUGUUUAUGCAGUGCAUGAAAAUGUCUCACUAGCCUCAAGUCCAGGUGAAGAAGCUACACCAGAACAACCACCUUUUUUAAGUCAUGUAAAAGUUUCUGAAUUCACAAGUAUUUACUGACAUGUUUAAUUUCCAACCAAAACAUUAUUUUGGGCAUCUAAGCAGAAACUCAUUCAAAGAACUUUUCAGGGAACCUGCAGAAGAUGCUGACUCAUUUGUGAGUUUUAGGACUUAUUUCUGCCUGGAAAAAAGCAUGUGUGUGUAAAAUUUGUCAACCUUUUUUAGCACACAUGACUGAUCAAACAUCCAGAGCGUUGUGUUCCACUGCAGGUCAGUGGGUGAGACUGAGUGAGUGUUUCUGAUGUAUUGUAUUUCUAUAACAAUAAAACC